AUGAAGACCAAGUUCUGUAACGGCGGCGAGGCCGACCCUUCCCCGCUGGGGAUCCUGCUGGGCUGCAGCCCGGGCCCCGUCCUGCCCGCCCUCGCCCAGCCGCCCUCCUCCGCGCCGUCGCUGCCGCCCUCCCUCGCCGAGGGGGAGGCCAAGGAGCUGGGGCUCCGGGGCCAGCCGCCCCUCGCCCUGCCGCCGCCGCCCGGCCCGCCCUCCCCGCCGCUCGAGGACCAGCCCGACCCCCGCACCCGCCGCAAGGCCUACCUGUGGUGCAAGGAGUUCCUGCCGGGGGCGUGGCGGGGGCUGCGGGAGGACCAGCUGCGCAUCACGCCCAUCAGAGGAGGCCUCAGCAACAUGUUAUUCCAGUGCUCAUUACCUGAUACCAUAGAAACUGUUGGUGAUGAACCACGCACAAUUCUUCUUCGUUUAUAUGGUGCAAUUCUGCAAAUGAGGACCUGUAAUAAAGGAGGCUCUGGACAGGCUCAGAAGGAAAAUGACUUACAGGGUGCAGAAGCUGUUGUACUUGAGAGUGUUAUGUUUGCCAUUCUUGCAGAGAGAUCUCUUGGACCAAAACUCUAUGGAAUCUUUCCACAAGGCCGAUUGGAGGAAUUUAUUCCUAGCAGGAAGCUGGACACCGAGGAACUAGGCUUGCCAGUUAUAUCAGCAGAAAUAGCAGAGAAAAUGGCUAGAUUUCAUGGCAUGAAAAUGCCAUUUAAUAAAGAACCCAAAUGGCUGUUUGGAACCAUGGAGAAGUACUUAAAUCAAGUGAUGAGAAUCAAGUUUACCAGGGAGUCACGUGUUAGAAAACUGAACAAGAUCCUGAGUUACAACCUGCCUCAAGAAAUAAAAAGCCUACGGUCCUUACUUGAAGGUACUCCGUCUCCAGUUGUGUUUUGCCAUAAUGAUUGCCAAGAAGGAAACAUCUUACUGCUUGAAGGUAGAGAGGAUUCUGAAAAGCAAAAACUAAUGCUUAUUGACUUUGAAUACAGCAGCUACAAUUAUAGGGGGUUUGACAUUGGGAAUCACUUCUGUGAAUGGAUGUAUGAUUACGUCUAUGAAAAAUACCCAUUCUUCAAGGCAAACUUCCUGAAGUAUCCCACAAAGAAGCAGCAGCUCCACUUCAUCUCCAGUUACCUGACUGCAUCUCAAAAUGGGUUUGAAAAUCUAAGCAAUGAAGACAAGUCCAAAAUAGAAGAUGAAAUGCUGAUCGAAGUCAACAGGUUUGCCCUUGCAUCUCAUUUCUUAUGGGGUCUGUGGUCCAUUAUACAAGCAAAGAUAUCAUCUAUUGAGUUUGGAUACAUGGACUAUGCACUGUCACGAUUUGAUGCCUACUUUGACCAGAAGAGGAAACUCAAAGUGUGAAGGCUGAAGACAGGACAAUCAGUGUUUGUACUGUAUGAGGAAGGCAGCUGGGCAGAAAUUCCACUGUGCUUAGGCUACUGUAGUUGUAAUGAAGGUUUUGCAAAUUCCAACUACUCGGAUGCAAUGCUGAAGACUGCACAAAAUGGCUAGGUUUACUUUUUUACAGUUUCAUAAGUCUCUGGAAUGAGAAAUGACAGCUGGAGUAUAAUAUAACAGUGCAAUAUGAAGCUUUUUAAUCUAGACGGUAUUAUGAGGGAAGCUUUCAGUUUUAAUGUGAACCAUCCCACACUUGAAGAGCAAACAGUGUUAACUGUGGGUACCUAUUUUUUAACAGAGGCAUUUUAUCGAAUACUGUUAAUGCAUUAUAUAUGCUACCAGUUAAUGGGGAAGCC